AUGGCAAAGAAGAAGCACCCGUCGAACAAGAAGCAGAACAGGGGCAAGGGAGCCAAACAGUUCCGCAAAGAGGCCCGCAAAGAGGCUGCUCAGCAUCUGAGUGGCCAGGACAAGCCCUCGAAGCAGGUUGCCAUCGACGAGAAGGGCAGGAAGAUGACAGUCAUCAUGGGAGGAGAAGCGGAGAUGGACAAGCUCUGGGAGCGCAUGCAGGUGACCUUUACUCUGCAGUUUCAGUCGAAGACGAUCUCCGAGUGGCUCGAGGGCGCCCGGGCAGCCCUUGACGCCCAGCCGAAUAAGGAUGAAAAUGGCCAGAAGAAGUUCAAGGAGUUGGAAGGGGACGUUAAGAGACUUGUUGGUCGCAUGAGAGAUACGAUCAACGCCGACAAUAGGCAAGCUGCUCAGCGAGGAAUUCAGACUUUGGACCUGGUCUCUGCCGACUUGUUUCUGGUGGAAGAGUUGCGUAUCGAAGACGUUGUGACGGGAUUCGAGGCGGACCUGGUCAAGAUGACGAUGAGCUUGAACGAGUAG